UCAAACAUUUAGGGACAGAGAUUCACCUUGGUAAGGGGCACGGCAUAUGGAACGAAAUGCAAAACAUUUUGAAUUGAAGAAUGGAGUGUAUUUCAGCCCGGUAGUUAUUUUACUCUGCCAGUAGAUCUAGUAAGUCAUAUGCAUGGUAUAUGACCAGGGCUUGAUGUUUAUGAUGUAUGUCUUAUUUGACCAUAAAACAUGUGCACAUCACCACAUAUUAUCAACCAUGUACAUGUUGUGUGUGUGUUGAAGUGCUACAUUAUGUGACACUUCCAAAGGUCAGAGGCACACAUAUAUGAUUUGGUGAAAUAAUAAUCUAGACGAAGAGGUCUGUGUAAUGUCGGCAGCGACAUGUUGGAAGUUUUCAUUUAAAUAUUCUACUCCGUGAUGUAAGAAAUGGGAAACAGUUGACAGGGAGUCCGACAACUUGUGUGGAUUAUUAUUCUAUGAUAUUGGGAACUUAUUUCUUCACCCUUCAUUGUCUUUCCGUGUUGUGCAAAAAAAAAUUAUCCAAUAGAUUUUUUAAUAGUUUUCAACCUAUAUAUGACUGACACAUAUAAUCUGUGAGAAACAUCCUUGGAUCAUCCUUAAAACCUUGGAUUACCACCCCAUAGGCUUCGCUAACCUGCAGUGUUAGAUAUCUCUGGUUACCCAGCUGAACAGGUGCUUAUAGGACAAAAGUGUGGUACGACCUGAAGAGCCUUACGAGGAAGAUUGUGGAUAUUCAGACGGAGAGCUCCAGAGAUGGGUAAACCUCGGUGUGAGACAGCCUUCCCAUUGCCCAGUGCUCACUAUUUUGUAUGAUGUCCAACACCAGAGGAUGGGACGACUUCGCAAAGUUCUAUCAGGUCUUAGUGAUAUAGACUCGUUAGUGGGAUCAGGAGACUCCAAUAUAAGUCAGCCUUCCUCCGACAUUUCUCUAGACGAGGAACGAGAAGCCCUGCGGCGGGAGACAGUGCGGCAGGCAUUGGAUCAGCUGCAAAAGGCACGGUCCAAACCAGUGGCCUUCGCAGUUCGUACCAAUGUGGCUUACGAGGGUUCACAGGACAUGGAAUGCCCAGCCCAUGGGCAUGCUGUGUCCUUCGGUGUCAAAGAUUUUCUCCAUAUAAAGGAGAAAUUCAACAAUGAAUGGUGGAUAGGAAGACUAGUAAAGGAAGGCUGUGAUGUGGGUUUUAUACCCAGCCCUGCCAAGCUUGAGAACCUUAAGGUACAGCCAAGUAGUAGUGGAGGUCGGCCCACCAAGGUCUACUCUAAUAAAACACCCUCAUCUUCCAAUAUAGAGAGUCUGCUGGGUACAGGUGGCACAGGUACAAAUCCCUCGUCCAAUUCCCGAGGCUCUACACCACCCACACCAGAUGUGGAAAAUGGUAUUGAGAGUACGAUGGGUGAGGACAGCGACAGCGUCGGCAACUCCAAGAUGGGCAAGAGUAGUGUCACACCUCCCUCGAAGGAAAAGAAGAAACCUUUCUUUAAAAAGUCUGAGAGUAUCCCGCCCUAUGAAGUAGUGCCUUCCAUGAGACCCGUGGUGUUGAUAGGGCCCUCACUAAAAGGUUAUGAAGUAACAGACAUGAUGCAGAAAGCCCUGUUUGAUUUCCUCAAACAUCGGUUUGAAGGGAGGAUUAUAAUCACACAGGUAGCAGCAGAUAUAUCAUUAGCUAAGCGCCAUCCUUAUAACAAGCCAGGGAACCGGAUGCUUUCACCCAAAACACCAGGUAUAGGUGAGGUGCAGUUUCAAAUAGAGAGGAUAUUUGACCUGGCGCGGUCGCUACAAUUGGUUGUGCUGGACUGUGACACUAUAAACCAUCCCUCUCAACUCACCAAGACGUCUCUAGCUCCUGUUAUUGUAUAUGUCAAAAUUGCAUCACCAAAGGUACUACAGCGAUUAAUCAAAUCCCGUGGGAAGUCCCAGAGCCGGAAUAUGAACGUCCAGCUCGUGGCAGCAGAUAAACUUAACCAAUGUAGUCAGGAUAUGUUUGAUGUUGUACUGGAUGAAAACCAACUAGAAGAUGCCUGUGAACACCUCGCUGAGUUCCUGGAGGCAUACUGGCGGGCCACACAUCCUCCUAACAACACUCCUCAGUCGCCACGGCAACACGGCCAGGGCCCGCCCUCACCCAAUCCGCUGUCGCGUCACAACACACUGCCGGCACACAUGUCUUCUAACAGGCCACACAGUAUGGACCGUAGGGAUUCGCCUGACCGACACCCACGUGGAAGUCACCACGAUUCGUAUGAUCAUGGAGGAGGGCGUGAUAGACAUUCACAUGAUCACGAUGUCAGCCCAUCACACGACAAACUUCAUCAUGAUCAUGAUCAUGGAUCUGCUGACUAUGAUCGGGAUAGUGGUUACGAAAAGGCCGAUAGGAGAAGGGACUAUGUUGGGCACGGUGACCGGGAGCCACGUGGUCAUAGUUACGAUCACCGACGGGGAGAUCACGGGUCUCGUCCGUACGGUCGGGAACGCGACACAAUAGACAGUAAAUAUGGCUCCUCUCCCAGAAACUCCAGUUAUCAACAACAAAUGAAACAAGCCAGUAUUGACAUCUAGUUCACACGGGGGUAGAGCGCUGUAAACGUGAUCGCCUCCAGUUUAAUACUAACAAAUUGCGUUUUUUUUUCUGUUUGACAUCCCAGUAUGUAGUAUAACUAUUGAGUGACAUCAAUGACAAAAUCGAUUAAUUAGUGCAAUUGAUGAUGAUGAAGAUGAUGAUGAUGUUGACCAUGACUUGCAACCUUUGACCCCUACAAACUUUUUUAAGUUGAGAAUUUUUAGCCCACCAUUUGAUGAUGGUGGCUAUUAAAAUCGCUCUUUCGGUCUGUGGUCUGUCUGUAAACAAUCAUUGUUAUCACUAUUUCUUGAGAAGGAUAUUUCUCAAACUUCACUUGGUCCCUUGGACCAUUUUAAUUUUUAAUCUGAUCGGGAAAACAAAAUAGCGGAAAGAUGCCUUUCUUAAAUCUUCCUUAGGUUUCAUAUGAAGGUUUUCCCACAUAAUCAGAUUAUUAAGAGGCAAGAAGGAAAAACUAGAGAAAAGAUCUGUCUUACAUAGAAGCAAUUAAUAUUAUUCAAUGGUGGGUGCCUGGAUCCCUCUGUGGUCUCUUGUUUACCUUGAUUUCUGAUGUUGUGCAGACAUAGGGUGACUCUAGUGUUAUAGCUGAUGAGGAGCGAGAGUGUGUGGUAAUGGUUGUUAUUUAAUCUGCUGCGUGUCCGUGAAAAAGGAUAAUCAAAUGUUUUUAUGACGAAGGUUUGUCGAGGAUGUAGAGAUGAAAGGUGAUACAACAUAAACCUUUGUUACUUAGAAACUAAAGUUUGUUACUUAGCAACCAAAGUUUGUUACUAAGUAACAACAUGAAAUUAUCUAAACUGAAUACAGCCUCCACUAAUUAUUAACAAGAUGGAAAGUUAAAAAUUCAUUUUGGGUUUCAGGGUUUGAAAAACAUUUUUUUUCUCUUUUUUUUGCGAUUAUAGAGUUGUCUCCCCAAUGGUAGAGUCAUUGUGCUGCUGAUGAUGUGUCCGCUAGCAGUGUUUUCAGGCAUAACAUGUCACAUAUGAUUGAUGUAUUACAUCUUUACACAGUUUUCUAAAUGUUCCAAUGAAGCGGGUUUGGCAGAUUUCUUGUUGGCGAUAUCUUCACUAACAGGACAAAGAUCACUGUCUGUGGGAUACAGAUUUCCACUUAAAGUAUUAAUUAAAAAAAAAAAAAAAAAAGAAUUAUAAAUAUCUCUUCUACUCAAGGAGACAACUUGAAUAAUUGCAAUUAUUUUUGAAAAAAUUUUCAAUUCAGACAAAUAUAUUUGUUACAAUUUUAAUACGAAAAGAUGGCAUGUGUGACCUUUUUCCUCUGUAAGGACUUUGGAUUUUGAUUGUGUCAUCCUCGACUUUAGCUUGCUGUAUGGAUUGAUCCUGACCUCUGAGUAAUGUCUGUUUGUCACCAUCUUUAUGUUCAUUGCUGACUGGGAGUGUCUGCCAGCUGUAUGACAGUGCAAUAUGAUUGGUCAAACAUAAUGUUUGACUUCUGUUGUGAAAUGGCUUAGCCAUUGUGUUAUUGCUCAACACGUUUGUUUUGUUCCCAACACCCUUCAAAAUUGGUUUGAGUUUUCGUCUGUUGACCUGUUUGUACUUUCUGACCUGUGCAUGCCGACAUUGAAUUACUCAUCCUUACCCCUUCUGUCUCUCUGUAGAAUGACCCUGCUGACCUCUUCCUGACCUCUUUCUGACCCUGUGUGUCUUAUUAUAGGAUUGUAUCAUUGAUCCUUUUGUCUCACAAGUUUUCCCUAUAAAAUAUCAUACACCAUUUAAAAUCUUACCUGCAUCUAAAUUGUUCAUCUCAGCAGAAUCUUCGAGGGACAGAAUAAUUUGUCUCUACUGCCUCCGAACUGUUCAACUCAACAAUGUAAUGGUGGGUUUGAACAAUACAAACCUUACAGAGAAGGACAGAAUAAUUUGUCUACUGUCUCCGGACUGUUCAACUCAACAAUGUAAUGGUGGGUUUGAACAAUACAAACUUUACAGAGAAGGACAGAAUAAUUUGUCUACUGUCUCCGGACUGUUCAACUCAACAAUGUAAUGGUGGGUUUGAACAAUACAAACUUUACAAUGAGGGACAGAAAUACCCUCAGGUUGAUUAUUGUGUUCCGUUGAUAUAUUUCCUCGACAUAAUAGCAAUCAUACGUAGCAAUGUUUGAAUGGAUUGUAGAGACAGAAAAGGCAGGAGCAAUAGUACUGAACAUUUAUAACAUUAACUCGCAGUUUCAUGUCGGUAUCUGAAGCAUUAUUUUCACUUUUGGCAUUUAUGGAAUUCAGAAGAUAUUAUUAUUAUUAUAGAAUAUAUAAUGUUUUAUAACGAUAUAACUCAUCUCUCAUAGAAUAAAAAUCAAAGAUAUCCUCUUUGUACAGUUGAUGUGGUUGAUGUGCCUCUCAUAGCCAGACUCUAUACUUCAUUACACAUUCAUCCUUAUCCCUCUCAUUUUAAAAAUAAUUUUUUCAUUUUAUUGUUAUUGAAAUUACAUGAUUGAAUGAGCCACUUCCUUGCAACAUGUCACCUGAAUGUGACCUGUUCAUCUUCCCCAAAUGCUUGGUUGUCAAGUUAGUUACUUUUGUCAAAAAAGUCCAGUCAAAAUAAAUAACUUUGUCUAGUGAAAUUAACAGUAUUGUCCCCCAAAAAAAACAUUACGAGGAUCGUUUAAAAAUAAAAAAUAGACAGAUAUUUGUUUUUUUCUAAAGUUUUGCUUCAUAAUUACAAAUUGUAAAUACUGUGAAAACGUGCAUGUUUGGAUACCUGUAGUUGAUGUAACCCUACCACCCCUUUUUACCAAAAUAGACUGGUUUGGGGAUAUCUUAUUAUAUAUUGUUGUACAGGGGUGAUAGGUUCACAACAAUUAUACAUGACACUUUCUUUUCUUUUGAGAAUUACAUCUCCCUAUCAUUUCACAUUCACACAAAAGAUGCUCCCAAACUCCUUUCAAAACUGAUCUUAUUCCAGCAAAUGUUUUUCCAUGUUUGUAUAUUAAAUGAGAAAAUCAAAAAUAAGUGACAUGUUUGCUAUGUGCGGUACAGUUGUUGACCCCAUGUAUAUUUAUUUUAGUAUGAUGUAGAUCUUUCUAGACAUUUGCAGUUCUCAUCACCAAUCAACACAUUUUAAAUCUUUGUAGCCUAGCAACCAUUUCUAAACACAAGCAUCUAGAUAUUCUAUGGAACCUGUCUUCCUUUAUGACCUACAUGUAGAUGUGGGCAGGGCAGAGAAUCUGUAAACAAGAUCCGUGCCCCAGGGGCAGAGAAUCUGUAAACAAGAUCCGUGCCCCAGGGGCAGAGAAUCUGUAAACAAGACUCGUACACCAGGGGCAGAGAAUCUGUAAACAAGAUCCGUGCCCCAGGGGCAGAGAAUCUGUAAACAAGACCCGUACCCCAGGGGCAGAGAAUCUGUAAACAAGACUCGUACACCAGGGGCAGAGAAUCUGUAAACAAGAUCCGUGCCCCAGGGGCAGAGAAUCUGUAAACAAGACCCGUACCCCAGGGGCAGAGAAUCUGUAAACAAGACUCGUACACCAGGGGCAGAGAAUCUGUAAACAAGACCCGUACCCCAGGGGCAGAGAAUCUGUAAACAAGACCCGUACCCCAGGGGCAGAGAAUCUGUAAACAAGACCCGUACCCCAGGGGCAGAGAAUCUGUAAACAAGACCCGUACACCAGGGGCAGAGAAUCUGUAAACAAGACCCGUACCCCAGGGGCAGAGAAUCUGUAAACAAGACCCGUACCCCAGGGGCAGAGAAUCUGUAAACAAGACCCGUGCCCCAGGGGCAGAGAAUCUGUAAACGAAACCCGUACCCCAGGGGCAGAGAAUCUGUAAUCAAGACCCACGUCCCAGGGGCAGAGAAUCUGUAAACAAGAAACUCAGUUGUACAAACAGGAAAAUUUCAUACCUAGUUACUCGGUAAAGAUGGAUUGGUCUGCGGAAGGUUUAGUGGAGACUUGCUGGAGAUAGGGUCUUGAAAUUAAGUUGUGUAAAUUUACCUCUCCUGUCAAUCUAAACAAUCAAUCAAUGGCCAAUAUUUGUCUCCAUGGAUACUAUAUAUUGGGAAUGUGACCGUUAUUUCAUGGAUUUGACUAAUUUAACCCUCCAAUUAUUGCAAGAUUGUGACUCGGAAGUUUGCAGAUUUUGUGUCCAUAUUUUCUUUUCUGGAGUAAUCAUCACCUUACAAAGCCUCCUGAACAUUUUACACUCAAUUUAAUUAUGAAUAUACACCGAGUUGAUGUCUAUUCUCAAUGAUUUCUUAAUAUUGGUAUAGAAUUUUAUCAAAUUGUGUAUCUUUUCCUGAUAUGAUUAUUUGAAUUUUUGUCUCAUUUGCAAACUAAACAAAAAUUAUUAUAAGUAUACUAGUUUGUGCUUUAAGAUAUUACCAGUACCCUGUAAUGAAAUCUAAACAAAAUCUAUUUUUAAUGAUUUUGAAAUAAAACUGUUUGUGAGGAAAGCUGCUCCAUUAAAUGAAAAGGAAGCAUUUUAAAGUCAUUUUCAAAUUUAAAAACAAGGUAAAUUAUCAACUCAUCACCACCCAAUCGCAUGUUGACCAAAUCUAUCCUGCCAGAAUUUGUUGCAAUAUUUUAAAUAUUUGCGAUCGUCACAUACCAGAUAUCUUAUGAGCUCAUUUUAACAUUGUUUUGUGAGCAGACAAUAUGUGUAAAAUACUCAUUUGCAGUUAUAAAAAUCCAUAACAUUAUCAAAAAAAAAAACCCAACAAACAAACAAACAAAAGCAAAAAAAAACAUCAACUUGGUUCGAUGUGGUCUUCCUGUGUGUUAGACCUUGUUUAGUGGUAUAAGUUUAUCUAGACCAAGGUUUUUCACCUGAGCAGGUAUGAAUUGUACCAUUUCUGUGGUAUUUUUUUCAUCUGAGCAGGUAUGAAUUGUACAAUUUCCUUGGUUUUUUUUUACCCGAGCAGGUACAAAUUGUACCAUUUCUGUGGUAAUUUUUUCACCUCAGCAGGUAUAAAUUGGUAGUAAGAUUUUCUCACCCAAGCAGGUACAAAUUGUACCAUUUCUGGUAAGAUUUUUCACCCUAGCAGGUACAAAUUGUUCCAUUUCUAUGGUAACUUUUUUAUCCCCGAGCAGGUAUGAAUUGUACUAUUUCUGUAAUUUUAUCACCUGAGCAGGUAUGAAUUGUACUAUUUCUGUGGUAAUUUUAUCACCUGAGCAGGUACAAAUUGUACCAUUUCUGUAAUUUUAUUACCCGAGCAGGUAUGAAUUGUACUAUUUCUGUGGUAAUUUUAUCACUUGAGCAGGUAUGAAUUGUACCAUUUCUGUGGUAAUUUUUUUUAUCCCUGAGCAGGUAUAAAUUGUAGCCUGUUUCCUGUACAGAUAACGGUGUAUGCGGGGAUGUUGAUCAGCUGUGGCAGGCCAUAUGCUCUGAUCUCCUGUAUUAGUAUAUAAACCCUAGUUUACUUACUGGUGACCUGUUUGAUUUAGAUUGUUUAGUACAUUUAUGUUGGGAGAGUCUCUUAUUUAUCUGUAUCUAUACGAUGUAUUGAUUUUUAUUCAACCAACCAUUUAUUCAUCAAUACCUCAUUUUCACCGAUUGGACGGAAGGUCAUGACCUCUUAGGUGCCAUCUGUGUCUGUAAAACUUUGUACUUUAAAAGCUUAGAAUUUUAGAACCACUUAUAUGAUACAUAAAUGGAAGACUGAUGAACUUGGCCGUUGACAUUGUCAAUUAUGUAAGCAUUUCACAUGUUCAUAAGACAUGAGGUCUGCUAUUUAUUAUCCUAGUGCAUUGUCAUGGAGCGUGUCAGUACAUAGGGAGUUCUCAUAUAAUUUUUUUUUUUAAAUAUGCAUCUUAAGUCACUUUUUUUUACAAGACUCCUUAAAAUGUAUCGUUUUUUUAAAGAAAGAAACUUGGUAUUUAAAAAGUUCAUCCAUUUCAAACUAUAUUUUAUUUAACAUCUUUACUCUCCCUUUCAUCCCACCUGGUUCAAAUUUCAAUGCAAGCCAUUGUGUGAGAAUCGAUUAGAAGUAAUGUUAUUGUCUAUUGAUCAGGAUAGUAGUCCGGAGCACAUGAUUGGCUGAUAAAUUUCCAUUUUGCUCAUGAAUAUUUAUGAAUAUAAAUGUGGAUCUUCCAUACUAGCCUCAAGUGUGAGAGUUUGGUUGUCAUGGUUAUGUUUAUGUAAACAACCAGCCCCUUGUACAGCGUGUUAUUUACUGGCACUGUUUAGCGACAGAAUCUCUUGCGCUGUUUACCGAGAAACAGAAUCUCAUAUACUUUGUUCAGUAUGUGGCACACUUUUUACGCAAUUAAUUCACCUUUUGAGAUUUACUACACACAUUUAAUGGGAAGUGGAUACACAUGUUUAUUAUGAUUUGAGAUUUUUAUGUUAUAAAGAUUUCUAUGUGUUGAGAUGCGGAGGGGAUUUGUGAUUAUUAUUAUGAUAAUAAAUCUGUUAGUCUUUCGGACAUGGUGUAGCUUUACACUACUACAGUGUACAUCUAUACACAAAUACCAGACAGUGAUCAACGUUCGCUGUGUAUAUUUGUUUUCCGUUAUUUAAUUCUGCAUGUUAUUCAUCUUGUGGAUAAGUUAUAGUAAGAAAAGUUGUGAAUGAAAUGUGAUUGUACAUGCAUGUGUAAAAGACUUGUACUGGUACAUGUUAUUGUUUUGAAUGUACCUAGCAACUGUAUCUAAUGUGAGGUAUCAAUGCCUUUGGCUGUAUCCUUAAAAUUGUAAAAAAAAAAAAAAUUCCUAAAUUGUAUUUUUUUUUUUUUUUUUUCAAAACUUGAAAUUUAUUGCCAGUUUUGAAAAUCUGAAAUGAUUCAGUGUUUGAAAAAUACAUAAUUUAUUUAGCAACAAAAUUUUUAAUCAAUUUGUACAAAUUGGUUACAUUUUGAAUUUUAUAGUUUAUUGUCGAUGUCAAGUACAUCUUUUGUUUUUUAAAUUCUGAUAUUAGCUAUACAAAAUUUUGGUUGUGUAAACUUAAUUGCAAAUCUUUUGUAAUCUUGAAUAUAUACAGUUUUGGUUCGGGUGCUGAGACCCUUCAGAACUUCUUUGCCCGACUUUGUUGGGUCUGACUUUCGGAGAACAUGGUCGUCUAUAAUAUAUAUACAAACCGUCUGUAGUGGAGUGUGGUUGUUGCACAGGAUAAGAAACCCUUUCCUCAACCAUUCUCCCACAGCUGGUAUGAUUUUUUAGUCUUUAACAAGAGAAUGAGUGACAUUUACAACUCUAUGUUCUACAUACUGUUUGCAUGUGAUAAACUUUGAUACUGCACACUGUGUUUCAUUUUGAAUUUGAGAGCCCUCCAACACUGCCUUGCUGGCGGUCACUGGACCUUGAUAUUGGACACCCUUGGUCCCUUCCUCACCGUCGUCAAUAUCACUGACUCAAAUCCUGCAAUGGCACCAUCCAGUCAAGAAUCCAGAUAUUUAAAAAUUAUCUCCCCAGUUGACUACGGUGUUUGAUGUAUACCAUUACAUGGUAAGGUCAUUCCGAAUGGAUCACAUUAUCAAUAGACUAACCAUCAAUAGAUACAGAUCCAUCCUGAACAGCCAUGCCACAUCAUGGAAGGCAUCAUUUUAGCAUCAUACAGCUGUUAUGACCGUUUCCUUAUAGCCAGACCAUCAUGUGUUCGCUACUCGGCGGACCUGCCGACAACUCCUAACUAUGGUAAUUAUACAAUUUAUUUAUAACUGUGUUGUUUUGACAGAGGUGAAAUUAUCUGUCAUUUUUUUUUCCACUUGUACAAUUUUCACUAUAAUAACAAUAAUAAUCUACCUUGUUGGAUUUGUAAAUAAAACGGAUUUUUAUCUCCAUUCGGA